AUGCCGACGACAGCGGGCCUCAUGGUAAGCCUAACGAUCCUCCUGGCGCUGUCCCCGAGCACAUCGCUGAGCAGCUCGUCGACCCGCGGGGGUUAUCACACACCUGGCUUGCGCCAAAUAAUCACGCGCAACGCCACGGCCGUCCAGCUUUUCGAUGGCCGCAUCAUGGACAUCGUCGAGGAGCAGACCUGCUCGGCUGCACUGGUCCGUCUGACCUGCAGGUCGCUCACGGCUUUCGUCUACGUCAUCGAGGCAAAGUACCAGCCGAAUCGCACCAGCGCCUGUCUAUGGGAUCGGAAGAGCUGGUGCAGGUACAAGUCGCUCUUUGCCACCAUAAGGUUGCUACAGAUGCGGAGGGACUAUAUUAUUGGGAGGUACACAGGUGAUGAAGCGGAGGAGGAUCCGUACGAUUUUCGGAAGACACUCAAUCGCAGGUGCUCGGGCCAUCACCACUGCCGCUACAGGGUAAUGUCCGAUCAUCCGGAAGCGCUUUUCUGGAGGCCGGCCAACAUUAGAAUCAAAUACGCUUGCAUACCAGAGGCGUCGGUCUACAAAUACUGCAACCAGGAGAUCAAAGUGCCCGAAGGCGUGGGUGGCUUUCUCAAGUCACCGGGUUAUCCGCUCUACUAUCUCGGUGGCAUCACGUGUGGCUGGACAUUCAGGUCGCGCCCGGGCCAGAGGAUCGUUCUGACCUUCCACGACCUGAGUAUACGAGAUCACGAGAGGGACGGCAGUUGUUUGGACGUGGUGCGGGUUUGGGACGACGGGGAGACGUUGCUCGAGACGUGCGGCAGCGCGGCCGGCAUCAAGAUCGUCUCAAACACGGACUCUCUGACGCUCCACCUCAUCGCAUCAGCCCGGCUUUACUCCGCUCGAGGCUUUCUCUUGCAGUACCAAGGUUCGGAGAUGAAAAUUUUCGGCUGUUCAGAGGUGACGCCACCGUCAGGUAGUUAUGUAUCAAACUCAAACGACACCACGCAAACGAAGACGUUACUCUGCCGCACCGGCACAGUGUUUCCCGACACAGGGCAAAGGAGGCGCACCAUACACUGCAAGGACGGACACUGGCUCGAGAGAAUUCCUGACCUGCCGGGCUGCGUUGCAGCGUCGUCGGCGAUAAUCGGCGAAAGAAGCAAAGUGGACGCCGACAAUCGACUGGCGGGAUUAUCAGACGCCAGUGGCGGUAUCGGUGCUGGCAUCCUAGAACAGAACGGUUCUAUCCACGAGCGGAUCCCCAACACGCAAGACGUGCUCACUAAAGCGACUAACUACAGUAUCAUGGAUCAAACCCAGACUGCCAUGGCUAAGGACGGCAAUUUCGUCGUAGACAUCAUUUUGCCGAUGCUACUCAUCGCUAUGCUGUUCAUCGGCAACGCCGUCAUUGUGUACGUCAUAUUCCAGUACAGAAAAAGAAAGACGCCCGACGAGUUCCGAAACGAAGAGCUCGUAUUGACUAACGAUGCCCAGCAACUGCAGCAGCCAAACGGUGACUCGUCGCGAGUCUGACCGCAAUGAGACUCGACAACUUGUACCAACAGCAGCAGCAGCGAUCGUCAUUAAAUUUUUAGAAAAAUUUCACGUAGAGCAAGCGAUGCAGCAGAUUCGCUAGCGUCGACGGCCUAAUGUUCGCAGCUCAAACUAAAAAGCUUGUGCGACGUCAAUGGAUGCAUCGAUCAAUGUCAUUUACUGUCUUCGGUUUCAUUUUUCAUAUCAAUCCACUGCCGAUUUCAUUUUGCCAAGCAUAGCAAGCGACGCACGCGUGUACCAUAGUUUUGAAGAUUUUUUAUAUACUUUCAAAUAAAAUGUGACUCAAUACAGUUUUUAUGUUUGACGAUGAAAACAAAAGUUGGAUAAAAAUUCUAUUGCCCAUAAUUUAACGACUCGAAUGAACCUGCUCUGCUGGGAUUAUUGGGAUUUUAACGAUGUAUGAUAAA